GUGUCCCCUGCGGCUUUCCGUCCUCGCAGCUAUGGCGGCCGCCGCAGGCCUGGCGUGUCUGGCCAGGCAGCCGGGGGCCGGGGUUCUGCGAGCCUUCUCCACCGCCGUGUCGCCGACCACUAGUGCCCCAGGACCUAGCCCGCGUACAACACAAAGAACAUCGAGAAGUCAGAGGGCACAGAGGAGAAAGGCACUGCCUCCUAGGACAGAGAAAAUGGCUGUUGACCAGGACUGGCCCAGCGUCUACCCUGUUGCAGCGCCAUUUAAGCCCUCUGUAGUCCCUCUUCCUGUUCGAAUGGGUUAUCCAGUGAAAAAGGGUGUGCCCAUGGCAAAGGAGGGCAAUCUAGAACUUCUGAAGAUCCCCAAUUUUCUGCAUUUGACUCCUGUAGCGAUUAAAAAGCACUGUGAAGUUCUUAAAGAUUUCUGCACGGAGUGGCCAGCCGCACUUGACACUGACGAGAAAUGUGAGAAGCAUUUUCCAAUUGAAAUCGACACAGCUGCCUACGUUUCAUCAGGACCGUCCAUUCGCAACCCCAAGGCACGAACAGUAACCUUAAGGGUUAAACUUUCCAGUUUGAAUUUAGAUGACCAUGCAAAGAAGAAAUUGAUUAAACUUGUAGGAGAACGAUACUGCAAGACCAGUGAUGUGCUGACCAUCAGAACAGACAGGUGCCCUUUAAAGAGACAGAAUUACGACUAUGCAAUAUAUCUACUAACAGUUUUAUACCAUGAGUCUUGGAAAACUGAAGAAUGGGAAAAAUAUAAAAGUGAGGCAGACAUGGAGGAGUAUGAAUGGAAAAACAGCUCCUCAGAAAAAAACAUCCUGGACACGCUUCUGCAGAUGAGAGCCGCGGAGAAGGCAAGCGCCAGUGGCGAGGAGCUCCUGGCCACCAAGGAAGUGGACGAGUACAGGCGGUCUGUUGUCAGUCUGAAGAAUGAGGGCGACAGCGAGAAGACCCUUUCGCAGUACAAAGAAUCCGUGAAGAGACUCUUAAACUUGACGUGAAUUGUGAAGUAAAAGAAUGCCUGAUUUGUUAAUUUUGUGGCAUAUGUAAUCAAGACUUCAUUUAAUAUAAAAUGAAAAUGUUAAACCAUUGCUUUA